AUGGCAGUGCAAAGUAGUAAUCAGAUUUUCAGGGUGUCUAGAGCGCCAUGCUGUGCUGCUAAUAAACGUAGUGAGUCUUCACUUACUGCAAUUUUCCAGAGCGAUGGUUUUUGGGAAUCAAAUGAAUUAAUUGCAUCAAAAUGGGGACCUGUAAACCCUCCCAUUAUAAAUGCAGUUGUCUUUCCAUCAAAGACAACUGCCCAGGAGAAACAACCACAUGCUGGAUUGGUUGAGAAGGCUAGACAACUAUUGUUGGAACAUAUGAUUAAGAGAGGUAUGGUUCUUGACAUUUAUACUUACAACAUUUUGAUAAACGGUUAUUGCUUGGCAGAUAGAAUUGGUGAUGCAAGGGAGUUGUUUGAUUCUAUAACUCGAAAAGGGUAUAGGCCUAAUGUUGUGAAAGAUGCACGGAACUUAGUUGGUGAGAUGCGACUUAAUGAUGCUUUUCCUAAUUCUUGGACAUAUAACAUUUUCAUUGAUGGGCUUUGCAAGAAUGGACGUGUUUUGGAAGCAUUAGAAAUGUUUAAUGCUCUAGUAAAUAAUGAGAUUGCAGUUAGCAUUGAAGGUUUGAAUUCCCUCAUUAAUGGAUUAUGUAAAACAGAGAGAUUAGGAACUGAAUUUUCCAUUGAUAAAGGAAACCUUAAAGGUUCGCAUAUCAGGUCAAUGUUGGAAGUCUGGCAAGGUUAUAUAGCUAUGGAAAUUGAAUUGAGACAUUUAAAUGAAGCUAGGUCCAUCUAUAAGAGAUGCUACAGUAAAAGAUUUAGUGGGACAACUUCAGAGCUGAGAAUAUUUUUAGAGAGUAGCCUUGCAAUAGGUCAACCUGUUACUCGGGCACCAGAAUCACAAUGGUUUAAUAUGUCAUUUUGA